GCUCCUCGCCCGCCCCCCGGCUCGGAAGAUGGUGGCGGCGCCGUGCGCCCGGAGGCUGGCCCGGCGCUCGCACUCGGCGGUGCUCGCGGCGCUCACCGUGCUGCUGCUGCAGACGCUGGUCGUGUGGAAUUUCAGCAGCCUCGACUCCGGGGCCGGCGAGCGCCGCGGGGGCGCAGCGGUCGGCGGAGCCGAGCAGCCACCCCCGGCCCCGGCCCCGCGCCGCGAGCGCCGGGACCUGCCCGCCGAGCCGGCUGCAGCCCGGGGAGGAGGCGGCGGCGGCGGCCGAGGAGGAGGAGGCGGAGGACGGGGUCCCCCGGCGCGGGCGCGGGCAGGCGGCCCCGGAGAAGCCCGGGCGCAGCAGCCGGCCGGCCGCGGGGCACUGCCCGCCCGGGCGCGGGAUCCACACCCAAGUCCGCUGAUCACCUUGGAGACCCAGGAUGGCUACUUCUCUCACCGACCCAAAGAGAAAGUGCGCACAGACAGCAACAAUGAGAACUCCGUCCCCAAGGGGUUUGAGAAUGUUGACAACAGCAACUUUGCACCCAGAACUCAAAAGCAGAUGCACCAGCCAGAGGCAGCAAAGAAGCCCCCAAGUGGACAGAAGCACCGUUUGCAGAGGAAGCUAGAGCCACAGGACAAAGGGCAGGGACACGCGGUCUUGGGGAAGGGCCCCAGCCCGGCGGCGCUGCCUCCUGGCGAGAAGGCUGCCGCCAACAGCAGCCGCGGGAAGGGUGCUCCCAGGCAGCCCCACUCCAGGAAGAGCGGCAGUAGCUCUCCCGAGACCAAGUACGAGCAGCCACCCAAGUGCGAUAUCGCGGGCAAGGAGGCCACCUCUGCCCUGUCCCGCUCCAAGUCCCAGCACUGCCGCCAGGAGAUCGGGGAGACCUACUGCCGACACAAGCUGGGGCUGCUGAUGCCUGAGAAGGUGACUCGCUCCUGCCCCCUCGAGGGCAAAGCCAACAAGAAUGUUCAGUGGGACGAGGACUCUGUGGAGUACAUGCCGGCCAACCCAGUCAGAAUCGCCUUCGUCCUGGUGGUCCACGGCCGUGCCUCUCGGCAGCUGCAGCGCAUGUUCAAGGCCAUCUACCACAAAGACCACUUCUACUAUAUCCACGUGGACAAGCGCUCUAAUUACCUGCACCGGCAAGUGCUCCAGUUCGCCAGGCUGUACAGCAAUGUCCGCAUCACCCCCUGGAGGAUGGCCACCAUCUGGGGGGGAGCCAGCCUCCUGUCCACCUACCUUCAGAGCAUGCGGGACCUCCUGGAGAUGCCUGACUGGCCCUGGGACUUUUUCAUCAACCUCAGCGCUGCAGACUAUCCCAUCAGGACGAACGACCAGCUGGUAGCCUUUCUCUCCCGAUACCGAGAUAUGAAUUUCUUGAAGUCACACGGCCGGGAUAAUGCAAGGUUCAUUCGGAAGCAAGGCCUGGACCGGCUCUUCCUGGAGUGUGACGCCCAUAUGUGGCGUCUGGGGGACCGCCGUAUCCCUGAGGGUAUCACUGUGGAUGGCGGCUCUGAUUGGUUCCUGCUGAACCGGAAGUUUGUGGAGUAUGUGACAUUUUCCACAGAUGACCUGGUGACCAAGAUGAAACAAUUCUACUCUUAUACCCUGCUUCCUGCUGAGUCCUUCUUCCACACAGUCCUGGAGAAUAGCCCCCACUGUGACACCAUGGUGGACAACAACUUGCGUAUCACCAACUGGAACCGCAAGCUGGGCUGCAAAUGCCAGUACAAGCACAUCGUGGACUGGUGCGGCUGCUCCCCCAACGACUUCAAGCCCCAAGAUUUCCACCGCUUCCAGCAGACAGCCCGGCCCACCUUCUUUGCCCGCAAGUUUGAAGCCGUGGUGAAUCAGGAGAUCAUCGGGCAGCUGGACUACUACCUGUAUGGGAACUACCCGGCAGGCACCCCAGGCCUGCGCUCCUACUGGGAGAAUGUGUAUGAAGAGCUGGACGGGGUCCACAGCCUGAGCGAUGUGGCGCUCACCCUGUACCACUCCUUUUCACGCCUGGGCCUGCGGAGGGCCGAGUCCUCCCUGCACACAGAGGGUGAGAAUAGCUGCAGGUACUACCCAAUGGGCCACCCAGCAUCUGUCCACCUCUACUUCCUUGCUGACCGCUUCCAGGGCUUUCUGAUCAAGCAUCAUGCUACCAAUCUGGCUGUGAGCAAACUCGAGACCCUGGAGACAUGGGUGAUGCCAAAGAAGGUCUUCAAGAUUGCAAGUCCACCCAGUGACUUUGGGAGGCUUCAGUUUUCUGAGGUUGGCACAGACUGGGAUGCCAAGGAGCGGCUCUUCCGCAACUUCGGUGGUCUCCUGGGGCCCAUGGAUGAGCCGGUGGGAAUGCAGAAAUGGGGCAAAGGACCCAACGUGACUGUGACUGUCAUCUGGGUGGACCCUGUCAAUGUCAUCGCAGCCACCUACGACAUCCUGAUUGAGUCCACUGCUGAGUUCACCCACUACAAGCCCCCUUUGAACUCGCCCUUGAGGCCUGGGGUCUGGACAGUGAAGAUCCUCCACCACUGGGUGCCUGUUGCCGAGACCAAAUUCCUCAUCGCACCUUUGACCUUCUCAAACAGGCAGCCCAUCAAAGCAGAGGAGGCAUUGAGGCUGCACAAUGGGCCCCUCCGCAGUGCCUACAUGGAGCAGAGUUUCCAGAGCCUGAAUCCAGUCCUCAGCCUGCCCAUAGUCCCUGCCCAGGUGGAGCAGGCUCGGAGGAACGCGGCCUCCACAGGCCCAGCACUGGAGAGCUGGCUGGACUCGCUAGUGGGCAGGAUGUGGACCGCUAUGGACGUCUGUGCCACGGGACCUACUGCCUGCCCAGUCAUGCAGGCCUGCAGCCAGACAGCCUGGAGCUCCUUCAGCCCUGACCCCAAGUCAGAGCUGGGGGCGGUCAAGCCUGAUGGCCGGCUCAGGUAGCACUGGCCACACAUGGGCCACAGCACACUCUCAACAGGAAAGCAGCCAGAGGGGCCCGAAUCCUGGCCCCCCGCUCUGGGUGAACCUCCUGGCCAGAGAACAACGGGGCAGGGGGGUUGGAGGCCAGAGUGGAGCAGCCUGCAUCGGGCAAGCUGGCUUCCAGGGUGGGGGUGGCUCAGUGCCAGCACCACGGUGGUCUCCCUCCCUCUGGGUGGCCCCCAAUUCCUGCAGGUCCCCGUCUUCCCCUUCAGUGAUCUGUACCUCUCCCCCCACGCCACCCCAACACAAGUGAUUUUCAAAUCUUUUUAUGAGCAGCAGAACUUUGUUUACUCAGCUCAGUAGUAGGUAGAAGUUCAAGGUGAAGGUAAAAUCCAGGCUGCUGUGUUGAAGCUGAGAGGUGCAAGAUUCCCUCUCAAGUUCAGCUGGCUGGAGGUCCCUUGGCCAAGGGCAUCUCCUCAGGUCCUGCUCCUAAACCCAAGGGCUCUGCACAACCCAGUGAGACAAGCACUGCCCAGACUGAAGGUACGAGCUCCAGCUGCCCUUCUGCUUCUCUCCCUGCUCCUGUGGCUGGGAACCCACUCUGAAACAACAGGCCACCGAAGGUCACAGGCGAGGGCCUCUGUUGGGAAUGUGGCAUGUUUGGGAGGAUUCCAGCUCCUCUCCUGUUGAGCUAUUCUUUGUGAUAUCUAGAAGAGCAAGAAAGCCAUUUGGCCAAGGUCUACUCGGGCAUGUGGCUGCCAUCUGUCCGUGGGUCCAGGCCACCCUCCCUGCAGGCUGUUAUGUGUGGCAGUAGAAAUGGGGUUAUCUCGUGAGCAUGAGCCUCAUGUCUCCAAGCGAUUCAUGGCCUGCAAGACUGAGACCGUGACCUCUUUGGUCCCUGGGAUUGGGGAUCAUGGCCAUGGACCCCACAAGAGAUGGGUGGGAGGAAGACUCCUGAGCUGGACAGCACAGGUGUGCCCGUCACCUGCCAGAGCCCUUCUGUGCUGAGGUCAGGCUCCAAAGCUUUGGUGGGUCGCACAUUUGGUGCUGUUGGCAGUGACCAAACCCAUGGACCAGACUUCUCACAUUCAGAAAAAAGCAUUUCAGAUUUGGUUCUCAAUUUCACACCCUUCCUUUCCCAGGGUGCCCACGGGCCCAUCUGGACGUGCAACAUAAAAAUGGUUGAGUUUCAAAAGUGUUCCUAAAGGAUGUUUUAAAUUUUAAAAUAUAUAUAUUAUUCAAAUUGCUUGAGUUACCAGAGAACGGAAUGUUUUUGUUGCCACAUGCCCCGGGCGGGCCACCCCUACUCGUCUGGGGCACCAUCCCGGUGGCCCCCUUCCCUGACCUCCACAUUCUCUGAAAGACAGGGUUCCCUGGGGAAAGUCACGCCCGUCCCUCCCUCCCGAGUGAGCCAGUCCUUGGCCUUUCCCCAGUGCAGGUGUGAGGGUGCUACGGUCCAGCUCAGUGGCCCGCCUGCUGUGCUGCCCUCUCCUGCCCAGCAAAGCCAGAUGCCCCAUUGGCAAUGGAGGACAUAGAGAAGGGAUACCAGAUAUUUAUUAUUUAAUAUGUUUUAGUCAAUGACUAAGGUGUAGGUGCUGUUUUUGCAGCUUGUCGUUUAUGUUCUCUUACUAACUAAAGCUGCCUUUAUUCACAAAAGGCUCCCUUCCUCCCUGUUCUCAGCCCUAGUCUGUCUGUCCCUCUCUCUCUAGCUCUAAUUCUGACUCUGUCUCUGGAUGUCACCCUACAUCCUCCUUGUUCUCAGAGGAAAGCAGGGGUGUUGGACACCAGGAGAAAGCUUCAGCUGGCCUCAUCUACCAGCGUGAAGUGGGUGCCUUUGGGACCUCUGGAGCCUCACUUUCCUGACGCAGGGUGUCAUCCCCACCCUCCCAUUCCAGUGCGAGAAUGCUGGAAUUCCUGACCAUCCCUGCCCGCCCGGGCACAGGGAGGUGAUGGCUGAGGCCUUGGGGAGGAGACAGUGUGCUGCCUGACGAGAGCUGCCUGGAGCUGCUGGGUCCGGGGGGGACUCCCUGUGGCCAGCCUGACCAUGAGCCUUGAGAGGACUGUGAUAGAGGGGAACAGGCUCCUUCCAAGGGGAAGAGGGUCCUGGGACCCAGCCAGGGAAGCCUAGGAGACAGCCGUCAUCGACAGUGGAUUCGACAGUGAAUACUGACCUCAGAGUGGCUUCCCUAGAAAGUCCAAAGCCCACGGGAUCCUGAGUGGUUUUCCAAGCUGUGGAGACCCCAGGCCAGUGCCACAUCCUCUUUCUUCUGAAGCCUCUGCCUCUGGCCAGGGUUCACCUGAGGCUGUUGGGGUCCAGGAGGCUUCCCCUUUUCCUUUCUUGCCCAGCAUUUAGGGCCCUGUGUUUUCUGCAGUGUUAUUUUCAGUGGCUUCAGGAGCUGGGCCCUGACAGGUCCCUGUAUAAAAUGCGAGCUGCAGACUCCGAGGCGAGGCCCCUCCUGACCCACUGACAUCUUUGACUUCUUUUCCCAUCCUAGAACAAGUCCAGAAGUGGCAGAGAUGGCUUAGUCUGGGACCACCCUCCUCCCCCAAGGCUUCCCUCCUCACUCGUGGUGACUAAUUCUGGGAGCUGGGAAGUCACAUCAGUGUUCCUUGUCUCCUCUGUUUUGGGACCAGAGAAUAAUUUUGCAGAUGUUGCAUUUGAUAAGAAAAGAAGAUCCCAAACAACACCCAGCAUGAUCUGAGAAAAAGAGAUGUUUCCCAGGGAAAACAGUGUUAGCGCUUUUAUUUUUAAUACCUGCCUAAUGAUUUAUUAGUUGGAGGCCACAGGCCAGGCAUCCUUGAGCUGUGGCUGCCUGGGGAAUUCCUAUCUCUGGGAGCCAUGCUCUUUGGGAACCCUGCUACCAUCUGUGGAGGCUGGAAGCGAUGAGCUUGGCCACUAAUUGGGUCCCUAGAGUCUCAGAAGGCUAAAAGGGGAGAGUUGGGUCUCAGCUUACUGGGAGAAGGAAGUAUUCGCAGAGGGUGGUUGCAUGCAUCUUUCUCACUCACCCAGUGACAUUUGGGCAGAAAAGAAGCUCAGAAGGUGGCCAGGAUUUCCAAAUCCCACUUCCCAAAUCAUGUGCAAAGCAGCAAGUCCCCAAAGAGGAAGUGAGAAAUUUCUCAAGGGCCCCCUUGCUUUGAGUUAGAGCAUGCUCCUUCCUUGCAUUGGAAAAAGUCUUUCUAGUUGAAUCAAGAGUCUUUCUGGCUUUAUUUCAUUGAUAGUUUUACUUUUAAACUUCAUGUGGAGUUUGGAGAGGUUAAGAAAGGCUGCACAACCCCUACCCCAGAAGGUUGAUUUAUCACUACUCUAGGAAGAUAUACAAGGAGGAUAUUGGCUGGGACUGAUCUCUGCCAGAAAGGUACAGAAUAGACAAGAGCAGUAGCUUUCAGGUGUGGGGCAUGAGGAAGGACCCUUUUUACAACCAAGUUCACUGAGGAUUUGGGACACCAGCUCCCUGGCAGCAUUUCAAAGGUGGGAAGUACACUGGACACUGCUAUCAGCACGCUCAGCUUUGAGCAUGUAAAGACUUGCCUGAUCAGAGGGCCACUCAAAGGCAGGAGUCCUGAGUGCUUAAUGAGGUCCAGGACACAAACCAAAGAGUGGAGCUAUUGGUGCAGGACAAAGGGAGUGGUGGGGACUGUGGUCUGACUGGCAUGUGCAGGACCCAUCUAGAAAGAGCAGCUGCUACUUAGCGCCAGCCUGUCGUCGGGUGUAAGGAUACAAGCUCAUUGUGGUGGCAUUUUUCCAAUUUGGUAAGGGAAGCCAGAAAUCCAUGUUUUAACAGAAAAUAUGACCUUUCGGUGUUAGAUAUUUUUUUAACAGGGUGAGAAAAAAAAUCUCAUAGUUCCACUUACACAUGCCCAGCAAACUCUGCUCUGGAGAGAUGGCUUCAAAUGAGGUGAGGUCUUGCCCAGUGAAAGAGGGAAAGAGCCAGCACAGUGAAGAGCAAAAGAAUAACUCCUGUUGAAUUUUGAAGAGAAUAGGAUUUCUGACUGGCUAUUUCCUUCCCACACAGGAGGGCAGGCCUGUUAGCUCUCUUGGUCCCAAGAUGGUGUGUGCUGGAGGGAAGAAUCUGGAGGCCUGGGAUGUCCCCGCUUAGAGAUCCAGAAGUCCUCACUUCCAGGACUCCAACAGGGCAGGCAGAAAUGACAAUGACAGGGUCCAGGAGGAGGGGAUGGGGAGUGACACCGCAGAGCUCUCUCCAGAUCCCAAGUCUUGGCAACCAAUCUGCCACAUCUGGAAGCUUCUUCCAAAAAGUGGAGCUGUGCUUGCUCACAGGAAGUUCUUUUGCUUCUGCCUCAGUUGCCUGACUUUGUCCAUGGGUCAACCACAGAUGCUAGCUACCUCACUGUGUCUGCUGAGAAGUUUACCUGGGGGAAGUGAAGGUGUCCAUGUCUGCUGGAGCUAAAUGUACAAUCUAUGCAAACUCUCUCUCUCUCCUCUCUCCUUCGCUCUCUCCCUCUUUCUCCUCUCUCUUCUCUUUCUCCCCCCACCUCUCUCUCUAACUUAGAAGUUUUAUUUUUUUUACCUUGCAAACAAGAUACUGUACAGGAUCCUCUUAAGACUGAGGAGGGCUUUCAUGUGCCACCCGUGUCUACCCCUCAUGUUGUCUUUGGUUCGGCUCCUGCCAAGCCCUGCGCAGGGAGACAGCAGCCUCUCCUCUCCCCGCUCGGCUGGGGGUGCUCCCGACUGCCUCUGCCUGCAGGCACACCAGGACACGGGCUCCGCACCUUGCGCCGUUCCCCGUUCCCCACGCUGCCUCCUCUCCCCGCUUCCCUUCAACUUGCUUCUCCUACCCACCCCCACCCCAAAAAGCCUUAGGUUUCUCCUUUUUGAAAUGUGGCCUUAAAGUUACUUCGGAAAGCUGACUGUCCUCUUCCUCUGAUCUUCACCGCUAUCCAAAAGAAAGAGCAUCUUGACGCUUUUUGUGGUGCCCUCCUUAGUCUGGGGCUGCCAAUAUGUAGUUUGCAGAUGUGAUAGAAAUUGCUUAAAAAUGUCAUCUUUAAGAAAAUGCUCUUCUGUUUUUCCUCUGGGCAAAAUGGAGGCUUGAGAGCUCACAAAAACCUUAGCAGACUCCUGAAGCACUCUCUUCGAGAGCAUUACCACCGCGAGGGGCUGGCGGGGUCACCAGCAGGGAGUUCACCAUCUUGGCUUUCCAAACCCCCCUGCCCCCAAGGCCGGGUGACUUCGUGUACUUCAUCAAGGGUGAGAAGUGAGGAGAAUUUCUUAGUUUAUCUCUUCGUCCUUCCUGCCUGGAAAGUGAUAGCAUUAAAUAUCCCCAGCGGAUGGGUCGCAUUCUCAAAAGGAUUGUCCCUCCCUGCCUUCAGAAUCCAUCCUUGAUCCUCCAUCAUUCUCGUACUGAUGGAGGCCAAAGACAACCCUCGGGUUUUCACAGGAAAUUCACUAGAAUUGAGCGCAAUCUUCUUUAUAGUCUUUUUGUCUUUUUAAAAAAUAUUAUGUUGUCAAUACCAUUUGUUUUAGAGGCCUCAUGAUAAAUUAUUACUGUCUCCCUCUUUGUUUUCAAAGACAUGCAGUGAUAUAGUUUUUAAAAAUAACUAUUUUGUUAUAGAUCAUAAUAUGCAUAAAACUGUACAGAAAUAUUUUGUAAUGUAUUGAUUUUAAAAAAGAGAAUCUGUAAAUAAGGUUUUAAAAAAAGAGAGAGAGAAAGUUCACAUGGCACACACUGAAAGAUGUAGAUAUUUUGCUAUUUAUUUAAAGGAGUAUUUUAAGAGAGAUUGAACUAUCUGAAAUUGACCAAUAAUCAAAGUUCUAAUCAUCUGAGCUCUUUUCCUUAAGAUAGAAUGUGAUUCUCAGAAACAAUUGCAUUCCCUGCCCAUUUUUGCACCCUUCCUGUCUUCAGUUAGCAGAAAAACAACAACAACAACAACAAAAUUGUGCCUUAGCUGUAUUUUUUUGUCUAGGGGAGUUUGUUUCUGUCUGACAAAGCAAAAUUUUUUCGCAGAAAAAUGGAUGUAUUAAAUACUGUAUCAUACCAAAAACACUGCAGGUGUAUAUAUAUGCUUUCUGUCAUACUGUGUUUUCAGAUGCAGACUUUUAAAAUUAAAAAAAAAUGUCUUUAUGGAA